CCAGUCUCGAUUUACGGAAUCUACGCACAGGUGUGAGAAAUUUCACUGUGAUGGUAAACAGUUUAAAAAAUGCGGUCCAUCCGUAGAGCAAGUGUAGUAAAUCAUCGGAACGCCGGUGGCUCAAAUAUGAACCCGUCUUUGAAUUUUCAAAAUAACCACAAACCUGCAAUUUCUUCGGAGGGAGUGAAUUUGAACUAUAUGCGAACGUUCCAGUCGGAUCCAAACUCUCCCAAACACAUCUCAAUUUCUUAUGCGUCGUCGGAUCACUGCUUAAUUUAUGAGAGCGUAGUGUUUUUCUAUUCUCUCUCUGCAUUUUUGUUACAACUUCUUCAUCUGUAUAGAACAGUUUGGUGGUUGCCACAAUCAUAUGAAAAAAAUGCUGUGAAAUUCUACUUGGUUAAUCCAUAUGUUAUUGGUUUUGUUCUAACUCUAAUCAUCCCAAGAUGGUUGUGGACUUGCUGCAAAACUUUGAUUACCAGUAUUUUUCCACAAUCAUUGCAAGAAGGAAGUAAACAGUACUGUCAAAUUAUACUAUUAGCAGCACUUGGAACAAUUCACUUCUACCUCUUGUUUCUUAUUUCUGCUGAAGACGCAAAUGAAGACAAAUCUUGCAUUAAAGGCAACCCUCUUUUCCGAUUGGGUUGCUUGCUUUAUCCAACCUUUGUUAUGGCUGCAACUUACAGAGAAGAAAUAAGGACAUACCUAGAGUUGAUCCCAAAUCAAACUGGAAUUAAUGAUGUAAUGCUAUGUUCAUCUCAACUCCAACAUAGAUGUUCGAAUGACCCGAUACAAGUGCGGCAAGAAGUAGAAACACUAAGAAAGGACUUCAACGGUCGUCUGAGAAAUGUCUUAUUUCACUCACAUAUGGUCGCAGUCACCUGUACCUUGCUACCCUGCUGUUUUGCGCAGACAUUUGUCCAUUUUGAUAUGCACGUCGCUAUCCAACAUUUUGUCUUGGUGUGGGCUGGAAGUCUAACGCUAAACGCGGUCCACGCAUUCCCUCCUAAAUAUUGCGAUAUGCUUCACAGCGCAGCCCGCCAUUUAGGAUAUUGGGAACGCAUGGGAACCAAUACUUCGCCAAGCAUGCAUUGUGCUGAAUGGUGUUCCCGAACAAUUUGGAAACAGGGCUCGCUCGUUCUCUUUGAUAGUGUAGUAUACCGUGCGCGAAGCGAUCUCAAUUCAGCUGAACCUGGCUCCGUUCAUCAUAAGCGGUUUUAUGCGCUGUUCAUCAACGCAGCUCUUUUUCAGAUCAGCCUUCUUGUGUUUCAGUUGGUGCUAGUCCUUUUGCAGUUGAUACUGCUCUUUAGAAGCAAUGAAUGGUAUCAAAUGAUCUCUCUUUCAUUGUUACAAGCUUCAGGAGGCUAUGCCUUGUUUAAGCUUAUGCGGGAUGCUGUCGUUGUGUGGCGACUCUCACUUGCCGAAGAAAUGUUAAAAAAUGCCUGAGAACUGCCAAACUGCUAGACUUUUCACACUCAUUUUAUUAUGUUUUACUUGUACAGUUUUCAGAGAUGACGCCUCAUAUUGCAUACAUAACUAUGUUUUUCCUGAAGC